UUUAAAGGCUUUAUCUAAUUUUCCUUAUCCUUUUUAUGGCCUUUGCUAUCUUCAUUAUAAAUUAAACCAACACUUCUCUGAAUAAGCUAAAGGUCAUAUACAUACUUUUUCACCUUAAUUGAAGAAUUCUUACAAAAGGUAUAUAUAUAUAUAUAUAUAUAUAUAUAUAUAUAUGAACAAUCCAACUAGGAUUAAAAUGAGAUAUAUGCUCAAUUUAGCUUAUGAUAGAGGUUGACACACCAAACCAAAAUAACCAAUGAUCUUUUUCGUGUUCUAUUAAUCAGAAUCAUCCAACAGCACUACGUCAGUAGGUAAGAGUCUUGUUGUUGGUGACUCGAUACGUAGUUUUGAGUAAUUUGUUUAAUUGAGGGAAUGAAUAUUGGUGAAAUGUUUAAGAAGUUGGAGAAAUAUCUACCAAUGAAGAAAGUAGGUAGAGAAAAUUUGUCCAAGAGCAAAUCAUGGCAUGGGAGAAGCACAAGUACAAUAGCUCCAGAAGGUUGUUUUUGGGUUUAUGUUGGGCCAAAUAAAGAGAAGUUUGUUAUAAAAACAAAGUAUGCAAACCAUCCAUCAUUCAAGAAAUUGCUUGAAGAUGCUGAAAAAGAGUAUGGUUAUAGUUAUUGCCAAGGCCCAAUUUUGUUGCCUUGUGAUGUUGAUUACUUCUAUCUAGUGUUGGCUGAUAUGGUCAAUAACAAAGAGAAUGAUGAUUCAGCAGUUUGUGGAUCAUGUAGUCCAUUGUUUAGUCCUACUAGGCGUUUGGGUAAUACCCAAAUGGCUAAGGGUUAUGGUUCUUAUAAGAGUCUCACCCCACCAAGAUCGUUCAAACGCCUCAACUCUUUGAAUUAUCCGUGACAAGUAUGUUAAAAGAGAAAUUUCAAAAUGCCUCGAUUGUUGAUGAAUGAAGCAAGUGAAAAUUAUAUAAUAUAAAAGAUCAAACAAAAAUAGUCAUGAUACAUGCAUGUUGAUCCGAAUUACCCGGUAUUUUUUUUUUAAAAAAGUAUGUCCAUAGCAUGUUUACCUAAUUAGUUUUUUUUUAAAAAAAUUAUACAUUAUUUUUAUGUGUAUGUGGAGUUUGUAGGCUGCAAUUAUUGUUAUAUACAUACAUAGGUGUAGACUGCACCUAUGUGUAUGCAGACAUAUUAAGUUGAAUUUGCUUCGUUGAUCUUUUUUUAUUUUAGUUUCUUGUUUGAUGUUCAGAGCUUACAUUAAAUGAAUUUGCUUCGUCAAUUUUUUUU